AAAAAAAAAAAAAGGUAAAAACAAUUGUGAACAAACUAGGCUUGUCCAGCCUUGAAGCACAGUCAUCAAAAGGACUAUCUGGUGGCAUUUGCCUCUGUUGGAGGAAGGGAGUCAACUUGGAAAAGUCCUCUCCAAGCACAGCAUCAUCUCUACACUGGUACUUGCAGACCCAGCAGAUUCAAAAUGGCUCCUCAACUGCUUAUAUGCACCAGCUACCAGAAGUCAGCAACAACAUUGGGACAACAUGGAGCAAAUCAAUCAAGAUUUUACAGGGCCUUCUCUAUUCAUUGGAGGUUUCAACAACGUAGUAUCACAAUUACAGAAGAAAGGUGGGAGACCAUUG